AUGUCUGCUAGCGUGAAGAAAUCUGACUCCCACACAUGGCAUAGAAUUCUAAAAGGCAGAGAUGUUUUAUCUAUGGGUAUAGGAAUUAAUAUUAACAAUGGGCAUAGUGCUAAAUUUGGACAGAUUCGUGGCCCUCUUUACAAGCUAGCAACAAAGAAAAUUUCAGACAUAGAGGCAAAGCUUCCUGUGUUCAAGUUGAUCCUUCAAGUGUUGAGGAAGAUUGUGAGUUAUGGGAGAUUAACGAGUAGUGGAACGUUUUCAGUGAAAACCGCAUAUGAUGCAAAUGGACAAGGAAACCCCUAUUGCCAGUUUCUGGAAUCAACUAUGGAGGAUGAUGAGUCCAAGAACAGUUCGGGUUUUUCUAUGCAUGCUCUAGAUGUGGUGCGUGUGUGGAAGGCAUUUCCCAUGCUCUUAGGGACUGCAAACCAGCUAAACUAUUUUGGCUCCAAUGCAGCACUAAACUUGUUCUUCAUUCAUGCAUUGUGGUUCCUAUGGUAUUGGAGCAAUUUACGGAAGUUUGAUGAUAAUUUUAGGUGGCCAAGUAAUGGAUGGCAACAGAUAAAUGUGGAUGAAAGUGCAAAAGGACAACCAGGUUUGGCUACUGCUGGAGGCAUAUUACGUGAUGAGACUGGAAUCGGGUGGUUGGAUUUAUUUUCAAAAUUGGCAUAUCCUUUUCGCUUGCUGCAGAACUGUGAGAAGAUUGAGCAAAGAAAUUCAAUGUUGGAACUGAAUGCUCAUAUACUACGAGACAUUAAGGAGUUGUUGAAUUGA